CUUAGACUGCUGCCCCCGCGACCCGGCCCCGGAUAAGCGGUAGAAAAUGGAUGGAUGGAUGGAUGGAUAAAAUAAUUUAUAUCCGGCUUUGUUUGGUGAACUGAACACCACUACAAUUUUACAGUUUAAAUGAUUCCCAAAACAUCACCAAAGUUUAUUUGAUCUUCUUCUUUUUGCAGCUGAUAAGUGAUUUGUUCUAUUUGAUAAAUGUUUUUGUCAGGGUUUAAAAGCUGGGCAAUGCGCAAGGCAAAACACAGGUUGUCUUUGUGGUAAAAUAAAUGUACAGAUACCAUAAAUGUAUAAAUUUUGUAUAUAAAUAUUUAUAAAAAUAUGUUGUGUUGCAUCACCAAUGUGACUGGUGCAUUUUGAAUUAACCGCAACGAGCAAAAUGUCUUAUCACCGUUUUAUUUGUCGAUGUAGUUGACAUCACAAUGUGAGGUCAGUGCUUGCUCACAUUGUGCCUUGUGGGUGAGUGCCUGCACUUACCCGACAGGCAGGACGUAAGCAGGCACUGACCCACCAGGCACGACGUGAGCAGGCACUGACCCGGCAGGCAGGACGUGAGCAGGCACUGACCCACCAGGCACGACCUGAGCAGGCACUGACCCACCAGGCAGGACAUGAGCAGGCACUGACCCGGCAGGCACGAAUGAUGAAGAAGAUGAUCCAAAUGAGUUGACGUCACGACGUGAGCAGGCACUGACCCACCAGGCACAAUGUGAGCAGGCACUGACCCACCAGGCAGGGACGUGAGCAGGCACUGACCGACCAGGCAGGACUUGAGCAGGCACUGACCCGGCAGGCACGAAUGAUGAAGAAGAUGAUCCAAAUGAGAUUUCUGAUAUCCACCUUACUCGUCACACUCUUCCUCACACACGUCCUCAUCACACACUCCACUGUCUGUCAGGAUGCAGCUCCUCGCUCUGGUGCUCCUGCUCUCGUCUUUCUCCUCACCGACCCUGACAGAGGUUGUUAACUCUUUUAAACCAUCCUGUCCUAACUUCUUCAUCUCGAACCCGGACAAAACAAGUGACAUCAUCGUCCCCACUAUUUUCACUGGACGUCAGUAUAAGACGAUUUGCCAGCGCUGGGAAAACAGCUACAGGUUUGCCACCGUGUACGACACUCUGAGGAGGAUCCCUGUUUACUCGGCCUACACACUCUUACAGGCAGGAACGACUGUCCGCAGAAAUGAGUGGAAAAUUGAACCUCAGCUGGAAGAUAUCGAAGACAACAAAGAGAUGAUUGAUUCCCCGAGAGAAGCAGGAAAGAUAGUUAACCAGGCCGUGAGCUCUGAUUAUACAGGUACAGUGUUUUCUAGAGGUCACUUGUUUCCAUAUCAGUUUGCUGCUGAUCAGGAUCAAGCAGAUUCCACCUUCACUUUAACUAACGUAGCUCCACAAACAAAGGACAGCAACGAACAGUGGGCUAAACAGGUGGAGACCCCGAUGCUUAGAAAAAUAAAUCAAAGCUGCAAACUUGACCAAAAUCACCAGGCGUACAUUGUGACCGGAGUCGUCCCAGGGAAGGACUGGAUACCCAUAACAAGAGACGGAAAAGUACAUCAAGAAGGAAUUAACAUUCCCAGUCAUGCUUGGAGCGCUUACUGUUGCAGGAAUAAAACAGAUUAUAAUCAGCUCAUAGUGAACACCUACUUAGCUGAGCUAGACGAAUUUAAUCUCAGGCGCCCCGACAUUAACAACCUGAAUAGACGACUCACUGAACUGUAUAACACAGGGACACCUUUUAAUGUGUUCCCAGGUUUAGACUUAGAUAAUUAGCAUGUGGACCUCACAUAUCAGAAAUGAAAGCCAUUUAUAAUCUGGAUUAUGUGUCAUAAAUCUGCACAAAAUAUCACAUAAUAUUGAAGCAUGGUGGUGGGAUCAUAAAAUCAGCUUCUUGGUUGCUUCACUCUCUCUUUCUCUCAAUAUACUAUAAAUAAUUCUAUACAAGUAAAUAUUGUAACAGAUGCAUAAUUAUUCACCCUGAAACCAGGAAGCAGCUUCCACCAGAUGUAACUGCAUGAAUUAUGUAUGUAAUGUUAUUAAGUAUGUAUGUAAUUAUGAUGUAAUGAGUAAUUGAAUGGAGUUAUUCUGUGUGCAACUGUGCCACAUGUCGAGUGUUCAGUGAUCUCAGGAUGCCGGUUGCUGUAAGAACUCAGGGUUCUGAGAACAUAUGAAACAUUUAUAUUUAAUAAAGAUGGUUAAAAAUAUGA